UUUUUUUUUUUUUGACGGAUGUCGCACAUCGGUAAAAAUACGUACCGACCAUGUGGAGCUUAACAUCCUAGCCUCAAUUGACUUCAAUUCUUCAGCCAGCUCCAGCACUGUGACCACCAUUUCUCUUCUAUAUCGCCGGAACUGAACCACAACCCUCCCAACUACGCCAAAUCUGUAAACGAGACGAUCCCCACGUAGGUCAUGAAUUCAAUUUUCAAUGACUGAAAUAUAUCCUACGAUUGCGCAAUGCGCAAUAGUUGCGACCGCUUUCAAAAUCCUCCUCUUCCCGGCCUACAAAUCCACCGAUUUUGAGGUGCACCGGAAUUGGCUAGCUAUCACCAACAGUCUACCGCUAUGGGAAUGGUACUACGAAAAGACCUCUGAAUGGACUUUGGACUAUCCACCAUUCUUUGCUUACUUUGAAUGGAUUCUUUCUCAAGUAGCCGGGCUGGUGGAUCCGGCCAUGCUUCGAGUCUAUAACUUGGACUACGACAGCUGGCAGACGAUAUACUUCCAGAGGUUCACCGUAAUUGCCACAGAACUGAUUCUAGUAUAUGCUUUGCAAUUAUUCGUCGAGUCUUCACACGGGGUUUCCAAACGUGCAGCCCAGGCCGCAGCGAUUUCAGUUCUGCUUUCACCAGGCCUCCUUAUCAUAGACCAUAUUCACUUUCAAUAUAAUGGAGCUAUGUAUGGUGUCCUGAUAUUGUCCUUGGUCCUAGCACGCCACAAGUCAGGAGUCUUAGGCAGUGGUCUUGUUUUCGCAGCACUACUAUGCAUGAAGCACAUAUACCUCUAUCUCGCGCCGGCAUACUUCGUUUAUUUACUGAGAACCUAUUGUCUAUCGCCAAAAUCCAUCUUCCGUAUCCAGUUCCUCAACUGCAUCAAACUAGGAUCUGGAAUCCUUGGCAUAUUUGGCUUAGCAUUCGGACCCUUUGCCAUUAAGAACCAGAUCCCGCAGAUUCUAAGCAGAUUGUUCCCAUUCUCCCGAGGACUUUGCCACGCAUACUGGGCACCGAACGUAUGGGCCAUGUACUCUUUUGUGGACCGAGUCUUGAUUUUUGUUGCGCCACGACUAGGAUUACCCGUCAAGACAGAGGCUAUCAAUAGCGUUACAAGAGGUCUAGUAGGAGAUACCGCAUUUGCUGUGCUUCCUGAAGUUACUCCUAGGAUCUGUUUCGCACUUACUCUCCUCUUCCAAGUCAUACCUUUGGUGAGACUCUUCAUACGACCGAACUGGGAUGCUUUCAUCGGAGCAGUGACUUUGUGUGGUUACUCAUCGUUCCUUUUCGGAUGGCAUGUUCAUGAAAAAGCGAUUCUUCUCGUGAUUAUCCCUUUCAGUCUGAUCGCUCUUAAGGAUCGACGGCAUCUUAGUGCGUUCCGUCCCCUUGCGGUGUCUGGCCACGUCUCGCUAUUCCCCUUACUCUUCACCUCUGCCGAAUUCCCAAUCAAGACAGUCUACACCAUAUUCUGGUUGGUUCUAUUUUUGAUGGUAUUUGAUCGCACGGCUCUUGCUUCGACGCGCCCGCGAUUCUUCCUCUUUGAUCGCUUCACCAUCUUCUACAUCACGAUCAGUAUACCGUUGAUUGUAUAUUGCUCCUUGUUACACCAGAUUAUAUUCGGCAAGAGUUACGAAUUUCUCCCCCUAAUGUUCAUGAGCUCGUAUUCAGCGAUAGGGGUGGUGGGAAGCUGGAUAGGGUUUAUGGUAGUGUAUUUUACAUCGUAGACGAAUUAGUCGCAGGGAGUGGCCUUGAAAGGUUUAAUGGGUGGGUAUAGAGAAAAUUGUACAUAUAGUUCAAUAGACUGAACUUAUUCAAAAUAGCACGGGUGUUGACAUUAUUGAUUAGUGGUGUUUUUUUUUCUGUAGUAAUAUAUUGCUGAUCGGAAA